UAAAAAAAUAAAUGGGAACAUUCAUUCAUUUAUGUUAACCUUUACAUAACAGUUCACUUCUUACUUGACAGUUUUUUCAUCAUCGGAGACGCCGUGGAUUGAUGGAGCCAACCAAUCACAUAUGGGUCAUCGUCAAAGAAACGAAUGGGAUUCAAAACAUACAUUUUAGGAUGAGAAGAAAUUAUCAAAUGAAAAAGAUGAUGAAUGUUUACUGUGAUCGUUCAUCUCUUGAUUUCGACUCAAUCGUUUUUUUCUUUAAAGGUGUUCGCAUUUGGCCAGAUCAGACUCCAUACGAGCUGGAUAUAGAUGAUGGGGAUGAAAUAGAUGCUGCCUUGUAUGAACAUUGGAGAGCAUGCAUCAACAUCGAUGUCAAAGGCCAGGUUGGGUACGAAGCUUCCUACAGCUUCCAAAGAAACCGUCCAUUGAAAAAGCUUAUGGAUGAAUAUUGCUAUCAAUAUAAUCUGGAUGUUAGCCAAGUUGGUUUUUUGUUUGAUGGGCGUCUCGUCCAAGCUGAGCAGACUCCACACGAGCUGGGAAUUGAAGAUGGCGAUGAAAUCCUUGCCAUGCUUCAUCUGAGAAGACAUGUUUAGUGUUUAUGAAGAAAUGCUUGCCAUGCUUCAUUGUAGAUGAAAUUAGUUUAACUUUGGACUAGGCAAGUUAAUGCAGAAUAUAUGUACCUUCUAUUUUCUAGUAAUAUUAUGCAUCAGUUGCAGCUGUA